AUGAUACUGUGUCUUCCACCCGAGCUCAUCUACUCCGUCGCUGCGUUUCUACCUACCGCUGGCUGCCUGGUUCGCCUCGCCCAGACCUGCCGUCGCCUCUACGAAAUCAUCGCCGCGGACAACUAUCGCAUCUUUCAGGCCUUCGUCCAGGGCCAGUAUCCCACUGUCACUGUUCCGCCGCUCUGGAGAGAUGCAGCCCAUGCGCUCACCCUGCGAUCUCAUGCCUUUCGUCGUCGUGCUGUGACUGCGCGAUUUGUCGAGCUGCCGCCUAAUACUGUUAGGAUAGGGAAGCCCAAGACAACCCGGAGAGAUAGGCCUACGCUGGGAUAUCGGCCAGUGAUUGACAGCUACGAGUCAUGGUAUGGAAACCACUGGUUUGCGAGAAAAGAGGUACUGGCAUGGGGUGCGGGAGCUGACGUGGUGCUGCGUAUAAAGCACCUGAGCAGAUAUGAGGUUGGAGAGGCCGAGAGCGUCGGUCAAAAGGACUCCUAUGACGGCGCAAAAUGGAUCUUGUUCAAUGAUUUACAUAACGUCAAUAGCUGGGACGACGUAGCUGGCCUCCAUCUGCUUGGUGGCAGCUACUCUGCCGGCUUCCCUGAUGCUGAGGAUCUCAUCGUCGGCCAUCGAAAUGGAAAGCUUGCCUACUUGUCGAUUUCACCCAGCCAAGGUUCUGCUACUUAUAAGGCGCGUUUUGAUACCCAGGGACACAAUCUAGACUAUACGGAUCUCAGUACCGGAACCGAAAGAGUCCUUGCGGCCUCUUUGGACCGUCAACAUAUAUCGUUCUAUAGACUCGAUUCGGAAGAUGAUACCGUCCAGCCUUUUGCUAGCUUGAAAACUUCUUCACAUGGUUCUUCAAAAAAUCGAUGUUCAAAACUUCUUUCGAACCAGCAGAUUGUAGUUGGAGCGGACGGGGAAUCUGCUAAGAUUGAUAUUUUCAGCUUCGAUCCUACAGAUGUGAAAAAGGAACGUUCUAUACGAAUCGAAGAUGACGAGGAAGGAAGAAAGCCACGAGUUACUGAGAUGGUACCACUACCGGCUUUGCACUCAAUGGAUGACAUGAAAUCCUCAGAUCUCUUUCUGUCAGGUUGGGAGGAUAGACAUGAGCGAUUGAUGGUCGGCAGUGGUGCAAACGCUCUUCUCAAGAUAUUUGAUCUACGCGUUAGCGGUAAAUACCAUGUUGAUGCUCGUAAUAUAUCUUCAUCGAUAUCUAAACAGAGCCACCAGCCCAAGGGCUCCAAUCCAUAUUUGCGUCACCUAAUGAACCCACCUGUAUACCCUUCCAAGGACAUAUCCAUAUUCCUCAACUACCGAUUGUCCGAAAAUCGUUUUGCCAUCAGGCUGCCACGAAGCGGCGAGCGCCGAUACCGUGGCCCUAUAUAUACCAUGUCCCUUCCGUCGCCCACAUCAUCAACGCUUUAUGUUGGCUUAGUAAACACGGUGGUGAGGUUGGAUAUGGUAGGGACGGAGGAUAUUCUUGCAAACGGCAACGGUAAAACAGGGGAGAAUUGGUCAUUAGCAAACCUAAGUUCGGGAUUCAAUGCCCAAGCCGCCUCCGAGCAUCAGCCGUUUGAACUGGCUUGCUACGAACGUCCACUGCCCGAGGAUGGAGGAAGGGGUGUACGGUUGUUGGUGCAGAAACCGUUUUGGGGCUCUUCAAGGAGACGGGCAACCGACGUCAAAGGAGAAUAUGAUGAUUGUAUGCCUGGCUGGGAUGACCGAUGGUACCAACCCUCGGCAGAUAGGAGUAAUCGGAGAAAGGGACCAUGGCGAGAAGGCUGCAAUAGAUGA